AUGGCAACAAGCGCCCCGGCCGCCGCCGCCGCCAGCUGCAGACUCUUCCCACGUCCUCCGGGCCGCAUCCCGCUCAGCUCACCCGGGCCACGAGCCGCCGGAGGCCGCCGCGAACUACAUCCCCCAGAGCGCUGCGGGGCCGUGCCUCGCCCAGGGGACCGAAAUAGCCCAUGACUACCCUUCCCAUGAGGCAACGCGCGCUCCCGGAAACAGUCCUACCUCUCCCGUCGUGCCACGGGCCUUACGUCCGCAGGCGGGGCGGGGGCAGUCGCCUGUGUCCUUUCCAAGAUGGCUACCGCCUGCGGGCUCGUGGGCGCCUGGAGGCGGCUGAGUCUGGGGGUGCCGCCGCGCAGGGCAUUGUGGGGAGGCCUGAGGAAGAAGGUGAAAGAACCAGAGGAGGUUGAAACAGCUGUUCUAGUGAAAGAACCACCCAUCCUGGCAUGUCCCCCACCACGCAGUAGGAAGUAUCUUCCCCCAGAGGAUCUCCAAAGUCGUCUGGAGUCUCACGUCAGGGAAAUUUUUGGACCUUCACUCUCUGAGGACUGGCAAAAGGCUUCACUAAAAGAAAGCAAGUUAAAGUAUCGCCUGCUGACACAACUGGCCGCAGAACUAGGCCAUGCGGUCCCCAAUUCACAACUCCACCAGAUGUGCACUGCUGGGGAUGUCUUAGCUUUCUACGGCACACAGGUCAAAGAUGCCUCAAAAUUUGACGAGCUAUGCACUGCAGAGCUGCCCUCAAACCUAAAGAUUAUGUGGGAAUACUGAGUCAUGCCAGAGAAGAGGGAUAACUUCUGGGAUGAUGUCUAGGCGAGAUUCAUCAUGGUGAUGGUCUACACAUCAUAUACGCCAUUGGGAGUUCAUUAAAAUAUCUUCAGAUUUAAAGGACACUGCUUACUGCUUCAAAAAAAAACCCCAAAAACAAAAACACCACGCUUUUGUUAUGAUGCGUCAGUGACAGCGUGGUCAGUAAAGAGAACGUUUGUAUCCCCUCUAUUCCAGGCCAUGCUCCUUAUUUAAGGGUACAGCUACACUGUAAAAACAAACAAAAAUAGCAGUGAGUUUCAGAGCCUGUGUCAACCGACUCUAGCUUAUACUAGGAAGCUCAGACUCAGAGCUGUAGGUCUCUUUUGCUGUGUAGACAUACCCUACAAGUAAUAGAGAUUGAGGAUAAACAAAGGGCACUGAUCCUUGCAUCACUGUAAACUUCAUUACUGGAAUCAGUAUUGCAUAAUGCGGCUUUGUGACCUUGCAUAUAUAUGAUGUAGAGAGAGACUGAUAUUGAGGGAAUCUGUCAGACUUAUUCAUGUGUGCUGGAGCUAACAGAUUGUGGAGGAGGGGUGUGGAAAAAGUCACCCUCUCCCUUUCUCCAGUGUAUCUUGUAACAGUCAGCCUUCUCUGGAUGGGGUGGAAAUGUAGGUCCUAUCAGCGGUAGUACAGUCAAAAGCAAUUCCAGAUGCACAGUCUGCAAAUCCAUUAGGUGUAGGGUGUUUAGAUUACAAAUUGGUUGCUCUAGAAGAAACUGCUAUGUGGAUGUACCAAAACAAACUAAACUGGUUGCUUUUAGACAAUGAGCUCUAGGCUAACUUAAAAUAACCAUUGACUUAAGUUAACAUUUUCAGGUAUCACCAAGAUUAAGUAUCGCUAUUAAAUUUCCUAGUUAAGGACCCUCACCAUAUACGAGGAAAUAGAGUUCUGGUCCCCUCAGCAGUUGCUUAUUACAGUGUUCACUCCAUUCAGAAGUUUUCCUUACCACACAGCAUAAGUGCAUCUCCAGUAGUUAGCAAGAGUAGACAGUGGUGGUGAUUUGAUGUACAUACCCAUCAACGAUGUAUGAAACAAAAAUGAAAACAUUUUGUAAGGAAAUGUAAAAUAAAUGACAAGGUGUGGAAAUGUA